CCUCCUCCUUCACCUAAUCUUUUCCUCCGUCCCCUGUAUCCCUGUCAGUGUCCUCUCCAACAAAAAAAAAGGCCACUGCUCAAUGUCUAACCGGAGUCCCUUCGACAACAAGGCCAAGGCGACACCCCAUGGCUCGGGGGUUUUCACUCAGAAUCCGUCGUGGGCACCAGCACCAGCACCAGCACCAGCACCUGUAGCGCCUGUAUCAUCUGUAAACACCUCGAGUGCACCACCGUUACCACAUCCUCCCUACAUAACACCGUCUGCAGCCUCAGCGACCGCGAGUCGUUCGAAUCCAAGGCCCUCAGCAACACCGUCUGGCGGAGGUCCUUCAUCAUCCAGAACACCUUCACCAACUGCGAACCGCUCGAAUCCAAGCCCUCUAGCAACGCCGUCUAGCGGGGGCCCCUCAUCAUCCAACAUACCUUCGAGCCGCGCGACGACGAAUCCGGCGAGUCCUCGGUCUCCACCAACAACUCCUUACAACACCUCUGGAUCAUCGACAACGCCGCUUUCAAGCCAGAGGAAUGGCUACGGUGCAGGCUCCAGUGGCAACUAUGGCAGCUUUCAGUCAACGAAUAAUUCGAUGCCCUCAUCCUCGCGGGGGCAGACAGGAUCAAGGACACAGUCAGACGGUGGGAGACCUCUAGGGGAAAGACCCUGGAGAGCCAUACCAGGCGACGAUAUUGUUUGCGGUCCUCGUGUGGGCCAACUCGUUUUGGAAAGAAAACUACGCGUUCAUGUGCAGCUCCCCGGGUAGAUCUGAUAUGUUCGUGUACGCCAACUAUUCGUUCGACCCAGAAAUCUACACGAACCUUCGUCUCCAUCUGGACGAAGCGGUGCAUGGCCGCGUGAUGGUCAUUG